AUGGAUUCCACUGCGUACUCUCCCCGUGCAACCUCCUCGGCUUCUGAGGAUUCGAUCCAAGGCUUCGACUGGAUUUACUCAACUGAUCCGAAUCGGCCACGGUCCUCACCAGAGUCAAUCUCUUCGAUUGACUCUUCGUCGUCCAUCACUUCUGGCCCUGUUUGCAUUGUCGGCGUGGGUUUCGUCGGAGAAACCCUCCUCAAGGAAUUCAGCCAUGUACAUCCAACGAUUGGUUUUGACGUCUCCGAAAGCCGCAUCAAGGAACUUCAAAACUCUUACACUGGGGCCAAAUAUUUGACACUGACAACAGAUGAGAACGUGCUAGAUCAGGCCCAGCACUAUCUCAUCUCGGUUCCUACACUAUUGAAGGCCGACCACUCGGUCGACUGGUCACAUCUCAAGUCUGCCCUAUCGACGGUCUUUCGUCAUGCAAGACCAGGUAACACUAUAGUCAUUGAGAGCAGUGUCUCUGUCGGCAUGACUCGCGAGCUCUUUGAAUCUGUUCGGGAUACCUAUAUCUGUGGCAUGUCCCCCGAGCGCGUUGAUCCGGGACGUACAUUUCCCGCAGCUAGUGAGAUCCCCAAAAUCGUCUCGGGCUUAACUCCUGGGGCACUGAGCGUAAUCACCGAUCUCUACUCCAGUGUGUUCAAGACCGUUGUUCCCGUCUCAUGUCCCGAAGUCGCCGAGAUGACCAAGCUCUUUGAGAAUUGUUACCGCAUGGUCAACAUUGCUUAUGUCAAUGAAGUCAGCGACGCAUGUCGUACAAUCGGCAUCGACCCAAACGAGGUGAUUGAUGCUGCUUCGACCAAACCAUACGGCUACCAAGCUUUUCGUCCUGGACUGGGCGUUGGUGGACAUUGCAUCCCAGUCAACCCUUCAUAUCUCCUCCAGACGUGUCCUGACUUGCCAGUCUUGAAACAAUCCACUAAGAUCAUGAGAGAGAGGCCUCACAAACUGGCCCAAGAAUUACACGGGCACUAUACGUCGUCAAGGCUGGCGUCAACCGAUCUACUUCCACGAGUCCUACUAGUCGGUGUUUCAUUCAAGCCCGGUCAGUCUAUUCUGUCGAAUUCACCAGGCCUUGCGUUCGGUAAGGAGCUGGCGAAUUGUGGCUGCGACCGGUUAGCAUUUUAUGACCCACUGGUUCCACAACACGCUGUCCCCUGGAUGGAAAAGCUGGAGGAUGCCGAUUUCAACCUUGAGUCUCUGGCUUCAGACUUUGAUUUGGUUGUCAUCUGCUGUAGGCAAAUAGGCGUUGACUAUAAUGUUUUGAAAGGCAUUCCCGAAGAGAUGUUAUGGUCGUACUAA